GCUCCUUCUUCGUGGUAGCAACCUCCACGAUGCCGCAAAGUUGGAUGCCCCGAUGGAUGUCGAGCUGGUGCUUCUGGGAUUCUCCGAUGCUUCGCAGGCAGAGGCGGACGAGCUCUCAGCAGCAGUGAAGCUGGGCGCCCUUUCAGAAGUUGAGACGCAGUUGGCUCUUCCACAAGAUCCGAACUUGACCAAUACAGAUGGGGACCGGCCUCUGGUCCUGGCAUGCCAAGAAGGACACGUGGAGGCCGUGCGGUUGCUCCUGGAG